AUGAGAUUGUAUGAUCUGCCUGUGGGUCAAUAUUCCAUCUGUGUUUUUGAGCUGUGGUAUAAGAGCUGUGAUGGAGUAUCAGACAUAGACAGCUACAAAUCAAGCAGUACAGACAAUUUCUUAUUAUCACCAUUGAAGAGAAACAGACCUGAAAGUGUUCCCGCAGGUCAACUAAGAAUUAGCAGUGCUGUCUGCUUCUCUGUUUCAAAAUUCUGGCACGUCCAGAAGGCGUUUGAAGUAUCUGAAGUUAUUAAACAGCAGCCAAAUGUAAUCAAAGUCAUAGCUUACAAGAAUGGUGCAGGAAAGAUCUUUGCUAAACAUUCCUUACCUCUUGUAUUCAUUUAGCUGCUGGAGGAGUGCACUGAAAAGCUGAACCUGAAUAUGGCUGCACAAUGAGUGUUCUUGGCAGACAGCACUGAAGAACUAGAACCUAAAGACAUACCCCAUGAUGCCGACAUUUAUUUUUCAGUGGAAGAGACCUUUACAGAUCCAUUCAAAAGAAUUAAAGGUAAAAAACAAAAACAAAACUGAGAACCCCCAGCAAAUGGCUUAAGGGUUGCAAUUAAAAAUGAUUUUCAUCCUAUCUUUUUGCAUGGUUUAACAAAACUAAUGUUUACUCAUUUACAGCUCAGUAAGAGGAUAAUGUGCUUAAUGAAAGAAAAAUCUACUGACAGCCACGUUUAUUGCCCUUCAUUAGCAUUGGUACUUAAUUUAAUAUAGAUCUGAAUAGACAUUAGGGAGCCUGCAGGAGGUUAAAUGGUGAAAAUGUAAAGAGAUUAUUGAAUUUACUGUUUAGUUUCAGUGACAUCAAACAGACAUAAUUAAUUAAGCAUAUUCCACUAGUAAAAAUAAUCCAGAAUGUAAGAUUGGAUUCAUUAAUGUCAUUAUUUUAAAUUUUUUGGAAGUAUAAUCCAUCAAUAUGGAAUAUCUACUUUACCAUGCUUUAUUAAUUUUGAAUUGUUCAGUGAGACCAUUAUUAACCAUUUUCUUUUCUUCUGAUUCCUUUACCAAUCUGGUAAUUAUGUUAUAUUUUUUACAAGGGGAAAACUAUUCCUGAAUCAUUCACGUUUUAAAUGUGAAUGUAAAUCAUUUUCUUGAUCAUAUGUUAAGAUCAUUAAGAGAUUUCUGAGGUUUCUGCAACAAAUUUGUGGCAUUUUAGAACAUUAACUUAAAUAGAAUUUGGUAUCAAAUUGAAGAUGCCAAUGAUUAGUUCAAGUGGAAUUUGUAAUAAAGAACCUUUAAUUGAUGUAAGCUAAUAUAUUAUAAAAGCAAAAUGAUUAUUAGGACAGUGUAUGUGUGGGUAGAAGCAAUUAUAGUGAAAUGUCUACCAUUAUAUCAAACAGUCCAAUUUAUAUAAUGUUGGAUUAGUAAAAUGAGUGCUAUAUUUUUAAAAAUGUUAGUUACAGCAAAGCAGAAAAUUAGAAGAGAAAUAAUUCAACUAGUGAGCUUAUUUUAUAUGGAUAUUAUAUAUGUUAUAUAUACUCUUUACGCUUUCAGGCAUGCUUAUUUUCCUUACAUACUUUCUUUAGACAUGAGUCUUCGGUUUUAUUUUUCUACGUAAUUUUUGAAUAACAUUUGUUACCUUGGGAAGUAUUAUGAGACAUUAGUGUUAAAUAUUUCAUUCUGAAUUUGUAAAUAUUGAAACAAAGACUGUUCUUUAAUUAUUUCACAUAUAUUAAUAUUUCUUAAUGCAGAUAACAUUUCAAGAUACCUAGAUAGUACUUAAAACGGGCUAUUAGCCUCAGAAAAUGACUACUACAUAGCUCUCUGUAUAUCCAUAAAAAUCUAAUAUUAAUUAGUAGAGAUUUUAUCAUCUAAGUCCUGUAAUUAAAGGCACAGUUUGCAUAUUUGUGGAGGUAUUCAUGGGUGAAACUUAUGUAAGUAAACCUGUGUCUUACAUCAUCAAUUUUACACGUGAUAAGCUGUUGUUGAUAGUGUGAAAAUUAUUGUGAGUUUGAUACAGAUGAUCCAUUCACUGGAAUGGCUAUAGUGAAUGAGCUAUAUAUUCAGUAAAAGGCACAAAUCUUUGUGUUUAUUCUUGCAAAAGUGUCUGAUAACAUUGCUAUUUGUAUUGUACAAAUCACUGAAAUAAUACUAUUAUUGUAGCAUUUCUCUGUGGGUACCACUAUAAUUUGUUACUAUAGUUUCUUCUUGCAUAUAUCCUAGUGUUAUGAUAGAUUUUCAAAUUCAUUAAGUGAGUCUUUUUUUCUUUCUCUCAUUUUCCUUUUUCAAGCCAAG